AUGGACUGGGAGGCCAACCUCGCAGCGAUCAUCAAAUGCACGGACGAGAAUCUCCGCGCGCAGUUCCGCGACCACGAGCCGCCACGGGCGUCGUAUGCGCCGCCGCCGGGCCACCGGCUGCCGCAGGAGUUUGGCACGCGCGAGUGGCGGCCCGCAACGCCACCGCCAAUGCGCAAGGUCGACGAGGCGCCCAAGCACCCGCCGCCCACCGAUGGCGGCAACCAGUAUACUGAAAUGCCCUUUCCGCACCACGCGAGCUACCAAUUGACGCACAUGAUGGAGCAAAUCCGGUUCAGCAUCAAGCUCGAAGUCGACGCACGCGCUGCGAUUGCCGAGCGCCAGCUGAGCGCAAUUAUGGCGCUGACCAAGAGCAACUCGGACGAGAUCGACCGGCUGCGCAUGGAAGCCAGCAGCGUCGACCGCGAGCUUCGCACGAUCGACCAAAGUCACCAGAAACUCCGACAAGACUGCACCACGCAAAAGGACAUCAUGUACCACGUGCAGAGCAUGUGCGGGAAGGACGAGUCGUGGCGCAUGCAGGCCGACAACCAGCUGCUCGAGCUACGCCAGAUUGUCGCCGCCCUCCGCGAACAAGCCAACUCGAUUCAGGUGGCGAUGCAGGAAAAGCUGUCGCGGCCUGAGCUCCUCGUGCACUUUAACGCGUGCGUUGAACCGAUCAAAGCCCAGCUCAAUGCGAGUCUGCAGCACCAAGGCUCGCUCAUCGGCGAUGUGACGCGGACGGCAACGUCGACAUCGUACCUCGUCGACAGUCUGGUCAAGCGCGUCAAGGACGUUGAUACGCGCAUCGACGAUCUCAAAAAUGAGACGGAGGCCCAUGUGCAGCGGCUGGAGAAGCACCAGCAAGCGAUACCUGCAUCGUUGCCAGCACCAGAUCGAAUCCAGAUCCUCGACGUCCCGUUUUCAGAAUCGUGGACGGCGCCGAUUGCAGCGAUUGCCGAUGCGCAAGCGCGCAAAGCAGCAACGGCGUCGAGUGAAACCCUGCAGCUGGAGCUGGCCCAGCGCGAGACCAAAUGGAUGACGCAAGUCCAGACCCUCGUGCACGACCAGACGAGACAGCUGCAGUCAUCAUGGAGCCAAGACGCCGAGGCACGCGUGCGCCGUAGCCAAGACGCUGUGGUCGCGGUCGAGUCGCAGACCAAGCAAGCCAUCGACAGUAUUGACCGUCAAGUGCGCCAGCAGCUCGCCAGGCUCGAUCAGACUGUCGGUCAAGUCCAGACGCAGCUCGAGACGGCGCUGGUCACCAAGCAAACCGAGUGGAUGGCGCAGCUCGAAGCCGAGAAGCGGGAUCGCAAACGAGCGCUCGAUGAUGUGGCCAACGAACUCGCACAAGCCAAGCUAUGGACGCAGACACAACUCGACGCGGCGCAGCGGUCGCUUCAGACGCAGCACAACGACGCUGCGGACGCUACGAUCAAGCUUAAAAAUGCGCUGCAAGCGUCCCAGGACGCCCUCCAGAGCACGUUAUCCGCCAAGCUUUCGGACGUCUCUGGGCAAGUGACGAUCGCACAGUCACAGUGGCGGCAAGCCCACGAGGCAACGACAGCAGCUCACGCCGAGGCGCUCAAGAGCCUAUCGACCAAGAUGGACGCUUUGCCCAUGCAACUCCACGCACUCGACACUUGCAUGAAAACCACCGAGAGCCGUCUGCAGCAAGCAGACGCGCUCACGAAAAGCACGGUCGAGAGUGCAAAGGCUUCCAUUCUCGAGCUGCAAUCCGAUGUCGCCAAGCUCAAAGCGGCAGACACCAAGCCGCCGCCGGCGUAUCCGCCACCGCCAGCGUACCCCAUGUGGCCGUCGUACCCGCCCAUCUACGGUGUCGGCACCCGUGCCAUCUGCGGCACCCGUGUCCACGCCUGCGGCCAGACCGACACCAGCGGCAAUGUCAACACCGAUGCCGACGACCACAACAACACAGGCACACAGCACGGCGCCGGCACCACCCGUUCCUGCAAAGUCCGCACCGCCUCCAGGGCCAUCGAUACCAAAGGAGACUACACCGACACCCGAGGCAACUCUGCCAUCGCAACCAGGGACGUCUGCCCCACAUGUGACUACCAAGGGUAUCUCUGCCACCGCGAGCUCGUCCGUACCGAAAGCUCCCGAGCCGAGCGCUCCAAUGCCACCGGCAACGUCCACAGCCCCGCCACGAGGUCCGUCUAA